CAUUUCUACGCUACACAUACUUUACAACGUACCUGAAAUUGCGGGAAUCGUUAAAAGUACUUAUUAGUUUUCAUUAUCAAAAGUGAAGCUUUUGCUUUCGAAAAUCAUAAUUAUGGAACAAAUGGACACGUCAGAGCUUCACACGAGCAAACAAGAGAAUGUUAAUGAGCCACCCUGGGUAGAGAAAUACAGACCAACAAAAUUGUCAGACAUUGUUGGCAAUGAACAGACGAUUUCUAGACUAGAAGUUUUUGCUCGAGAAGGAAAUGUCCCCAAUGUUAUAAUUGCGGGUCCCCCUGGCACGGGAAAGACCACAAGUAUCCUGUGUCUGGCAAGGGCCAUGCUCGGACCUUCCUACAGAGAAGCUGUACUGGAACUGAACGCAUCUAAUGACAGAGGUAUUGAUGUUGUACGAAACAAGAUAAAAAUGUUUGCACAGCAAAAAGUCACAUUGCCUGCGGGCAGACAUAAAAUCAUCAUUCUGGAUGAAGCAGACAGCAUGACUGACGGUGCCCAGCAGGCCCUGAGACGCACCAUGGAGAUCUACUCCAAGACAACCAGAUUUGCCUUGGCCUGCAAUGCCUCUGAUAAAAUUAUUGAGCCUAUCCAGUCUCGUUGCGCUGUUCUGCGCUACACAAAGCUCAGCGACUCGCAUGUGUUGAAGCGCCUUCUGGAGGUGUGUGAGGCAGAGAGUGUGAGUCACACGGAUGACGGCCUGGAAGCAGUCGUGUUUACCGCCCAGGGAGAUAUGAGACAGGCUUUAAAUAAUCUGCAGUCAACAUUCCAGGGAUUUGAACAUGUUAACAGUGAGAAUGUAUUCAAGGUGUGUGAUGAGCCCCACCCGCUGUUGAUAAAGGACAUGCUGCAGCACUGUGUCAAUGGCAAUGUGGACGAGGCGUAUAAAGUUAUGGCGUAUCUAUGGAAACUGGGAUACUCUUCAGAAGACAUUAUUGGCAUCAUCUUCAGGGUCACCAAGAAUCAUGACAUGCCAGAGUAUCUGAAACUAGAAUUUAUAAAGGAGAUUGGUUUCACACACAUGCGGAUUGCGGAGGGUGUUCAGACAUUAAUACAGAUGUCAGGCUUACUGGCCAAACUGUGCAAAAAGUCUGCAGAACCUAAUGUUCUAGCAUCCUAAGGACCAUCGUCACUAAAUAGUGUUAAAAUAAACUGUCCUUUAACCCUUUCCCCCUCAGAAGCAGAGUGAAAAUGGCUAGGUGCAAAUAGCAUAAAACCAGAACAGCCUGCGAGUAACUCGCAGUCUGUUCAGGUUUUAUGCUGUUUGCGCUCAUCAGUAUCUAAUUAAGGGUUGAAAAUGAAGCCUUUAAACUUGAAUCUAGUAAGACCGGUCUUAAAUUAAAUUGAACUUUCUAAGGGAUUACAAAUUCAUCCAAAUAUGCAUGUAAGUGUUAAUUGGUUAAGCGUACAUGCUCUGUUAUUAUACCCCCAUUAUCAUUGGUAAUGGGGGCUAUAUAGGAGUCACUUUGUCGGUCGGUCGGUCUGUCGGUCUGUCUCAAAAUUUCAUCCGAUCUUUACCAAACUUGGUCACAAGUUGUAUCUUGAUGAUGUAUAGGUCAAGUUUGAAUAUGGGUCAUGCCGGGUAAAAAACUAGGUCACGGGGUCACUUAGUGUGUUUUAAAACGAAAGUUUGUCCGGACCAUAACUAUGUCAUUUAUUGUUAGAUUUUCAAAUAACUUGGUACAUUUGUUCACCAUCAUGGGACGGUGUGUCGCGUGAAAAAAGUACGUCGAUAUCUCCAAGGUCAAGGUCAAACUUGGAGUUCAAGGGUCAAAUGCUUGUCCGGGCCAUACUUUUAUCAUUUAUUGUGAGAUUUUAAAAUCAUUUGGCAAAUUUGUUCACCAUCAUGGGACAGUGUGUUGCACGAAAGAAUUACGUCAAUUUCUCGAAGGUCAAGGUCACAAUUUGAGUUCAAAGAUUAAAAAUUGCCAUAAAUGAGCUUGUCUGGGCAAUAACUAUGUCGUUCAUUGUGAGAUUUAAAAAUCAUUUGGCACAUUUGUUCAUCAUCAUUGGACGUUGUGUCGCGCGAAAGAAUUACGUCGAUAUCUCCAAGGUCAAGGUCACACUUUGAGUUCAAAGGUCAAAAAUGGCCAUAAAUGAGCUUGUCUGGACUAUAACUAUGUCAUUCAUUGUGAAAUUUUAAAAUCAUUUGGCACAUUUGAUCACCAUCAUUGAACGGUGUGUCGCGCGAUAGAAUUACGUUGAUAACUCUAAGUCAAGGUCACACUUUGAUUUCAAAUGUCAAAAAUGGCCAUACAGUGUAAAUGAGCUUGUCCUGGCCAUAACUAUGUUGUUCAUUGUGAGAUUUUAAAAUCAUUUGGCACAUUUUUUCACCAUUAUUGGACGGUGUGUCGCCCUAAAGAAUUACGUCGAUAUCUGCAACAUCAAGGUCACACUGUGAGUUCAAAGGUCAAAAAUGGCCAUAAAUGAUCUUGUGCGGGCCAUAACUAUGUCAUUUAUUGUGAGAUUUUAAAAAUACCUGGUACAUUUGUUCACAAUCAUUGGAUUGUCGUGCGAAAGAAUUAUGUCAAUAACUCCAAGGUCUAGGUCACACUUGGAGUUCAAAAGUAUAAAAAUGGCCAUAAAUUUGGACGGCAUGUCAUGUGAAGAGUUCAAAGGUCGAAAUGGCCAUGAAUGAUAAUGGCAUUUUAAUUAUAAAAAAAUCGCCAUAAAUUUGAUUCUCUUGUUUUGUGAAGACAGCAUGUAAAAUAGUCUGUGUCAAUGCAGCACGUGGGGGUAUACGUCACGUCUGUGACAAAGCUCUAGUUUGUUUUAAAUCUUAUACUUGGGAAGUGGGAAGUAUUGCUCAGGGAUGUUGAGUAACAUCAGUUGACAUACAUUGUACCAGCCGUCAUGGCUUUAGCUAAUUUAACCAUUUACCACUUGGAUACUUAUUUGUAUGCAUUUGUAGUCCCUUAGAAAGUUAUAUUUGAUAAAAGACCUAUCUGACUAGAUUCAAGUUUGAAAGGCUUAAUUUCCAGCCCUUAGAUUCUGAUGAGCAGCAAACAGCAUAAAACCUGAACAGACUGUGAGUUACUCGCAGGCUGUUCUAGUUUUAUGCUGUUUGCACCUAGCAAUUUUCACUAUGCUUCUGAGUGGAAAAGGGAUAACAUUAACACAAAAUGUGUUUAGCAAUUUUCAAACAAGACUUUUUGGAACAAAGCUUAUUCAAAAUAUCAAGUACUCAAGUUUGUUGUGUUGGGUAAUGGUCUCUUUAUUCAUGUUUUUCCAAGGCAUGGAGUCAAAAUGCGCCAUCCUGCAGAUGUAUUGUAAAUUUCUGAUGAUUUUGAUUGCAAUUAGUGCAGUUUGGACUUAUAUGUUUGACAUUUAACAAAGAAAGUUGGAAAAAUCCAUGUAAUUUCUUGCAAAUCUAGUACACUCGAUGUCAAUUUGCUCAGAAUUGAAGCAGUUUCUUGUCACUUGUGUCAUCUUCACAAAUAAAAUGGGUGUUGAGCCAUA